AUGUCUUUCUUUUUCGGAAAGUCAUCCUCGCCUACCGCCACUGGAAAUUCGUACUUUCCAUCAGCUGAUUUGUCUAGCCAGUUCAAGUCUGGAAACCCCCCGUUCUCAGUCACCGAAUCCUCUUCAAGAUCAACGCAGAAGACACUAUCUAGCUCCGAUGCCCAUGCUGCCUCGUCCAUAAGCUUGCCAAGUGGACCAAGUGGUGAUCUUCGGUCUUUGAGAGCGGACACAGUCAGUGGGAAGAAGCCCGCUUUUUUUGUUCCUGGUGCAACUGAUGCCAACUCAGCCACAUUUAGUUCCGACUUCAGACCGAAUCUCAAGUCGUAUAAUGAGAAGUUGGUCGCAUAUCUUACGUCACAAGGUCUUAAUAUCAAUCCUCUAAAGCUGAGUGAGGAGAAAACCUCUGCAUCGUCGAGAUUUCUGGGGUUCCACAAAGCUUCGGACCAUUCGCUACAGGCGUUCAUCUCUGGUAAUGGUCCUAUAUUGUUCUUGCCACAUGCUCCUACAAAGAAGAAGACUGAAGCUGGCGCCUCAGAGGAUCCAGAUGAUGACGACGAGAUUAGCAGGGCACCCACUCCAUCGCUCCCGGGAGCAGACAUUUCAACGACAGCUGCUGAUCAACAAGAGGAAGUCGAUAGGGUCACCCAUACCUUUGCCGUAAUCUUGAAACUCAGCAAACCACAUUCUCUCCAGUAUACAGCCCAUGCAAGAUUUGAAACGGUUGUUUCAAAUCAAUGGCCUCAAGGUGUACCACACCCUGGCAAGAAUGGAAAGACCAAGAUGGUGAACAGAGAAGACUACAAGGUUGCCAAGGACUUACAUUGGGAUCUCGAUAUACGAAACUGCGAUUGUUUCAUUGCCUUUAAGAACCACAAAGAUGAUAAUGAGGAUGAGGAUUUGCAUUUUCAUUUUCAAGAAACUGACUCGGUAACGACUUCCAGCACAUCUGAUAGUGGGAGUAUCGUGGUUUCUAAAGAGCCCAUGCAGAAAAUAAGGUAUUUCGAAAUGCUUCAGCCUGAUGAUUUUGAAGAAUAUGAUCCAGAGUCUGAAGAGCGCAACCAGUCGUCUGGUACUGCCCCUGGAAGUGGACGAAUUUUCAACCCGGGCUACUACAUCUUCAUCAUGCCUGUGUUGUUCCCUAUAAACAUGCCUGAAUCCAUCCUGACUCCGCUUGCUCAAGUGCAACAUCAUUUCACGCUGCAAUUGGAGAGAUUGGCUUUACCGGCUUUACAACCACCGGCAGCAGUGUUCCUGUCUACGUCACCUCAUCGUCUGUCAAAUAACUUCGAUGAUUUAGAGCCGUCACUGUCACCAGUCACGUCUAACAUGUCUACCGGUGGAGGUGGAAGUAGUAUUUUUGCAUCGCUAUCACCAAAGACAAGCGGGUCGUUUUUGAAGUCCCUCGGAAAUCAUAAUACUGCACCCAAGCGCAAGCUUUCAAUGCGGUCCAAACAGCCCACGGGUAACAGUUCUUUGCUUAGCUACAACUACAGACUGCCAAUCAUACGAUUGCCUCCUUCAGACUCCGCAACUACUCUGAACAAAUCCAUUUAUGUUAACAAGGUAUGGAACGAUGCUAUGAACUACGAGAUUCUUUUCCCAAAAAAGUAUGUGCAACUGAGCCCAGCUUCUGGAGUGGCGGAUGACAUCAUGCGACCAUCAACAUUCAACCUGCAAGUGAAGAUAAUUCCAUUGAUCAAAACGUUGUCUGUCAAACGAGUUAAGGUGAACAUCCUUGAGAAGAUCACGUAUAUAUCUCAAGAUCAGAAGUAUGAGGUUGAUGUAGGAAAGACUGAUUCCAGCGGAAUCAAAGAGCGCACCAUCACUUUGUUCGAGGUUAAGACGAAAGAGAAGGGUCCAUCUACUGCUUUGAAAACAGAGAUUAUCAAGGGUUGUGUGAACGAUAAUUUGCUUACGUCCUGUUUCAAUAACGGUCAUUUGAACAGACAGCCCACAUCACAACAGCCUACUCACAGGAACAGAUCUCAUUCUAACAGUUUCUUCAGUCAUGGGAACAACAACAGUUCCAGCAGUACUAAUGUGAUUAAGUCUAAUGCUCCAGAUGACAUUGUCAUUACAAAUCCUGUGAAGAUCACGUCUCCCCUUGUUUUCCAAGCUGCCGAUGACUUUGAUUUCAUUAAGGAUCUGCACCAAAACAUCAUCGAAAGCAGAACAGAUAUUGCAGACUUGGUAGAAGAAGAUGAGAAUGGUGAGGAACUGACCUCAAUUUUUUCAAACGGAUCACAAACUAACCUAUCUCCUCAAGCCUCAAACAAUUCAGCGGUUAUCGACGAUGAACUCGAUACGGGAGGAAGCACUUUGAGAAGCAUAUUUUCCAAAAGCUCGCUUGUCAAGUCGCCGAUACUUGGUGAAAUUGUGGGGAACACCUCUCGAAAGUCUUCAUUUGGAGCCAACACUGUACCAAAAAACUCACAUAAAAAUUCUGGGGCACCAGAUAGUGGACUGUACCCUGAUUGCUCCUUUCACAACGUCAAGAUCCGUCAUCGCUUGCAGAUCUGCUUCAGAAUCAGUAAACCCGAGGACAAGAGGCCGGAGAACGGAGACCCAGUGAAAAUGCAUCAUUACGAGGUGAUUGUGGAUACUCCACUGGUGCUGGUAUCGCCAUUUUGUGUUGGAGAAAGCAUAGAGCUACCGUCAUAUGACUCUGUGAUACAAGGACCUCCAAAGUUUUCCAUUGGAGUAGCCAAUGCGGUAGAUUACGAGUCGGGUGAGAUAAUCUUCGACAACGAUCAACCUGAGAGAUUGCCCUCAUUCAACGAGGCUGUUCUUCAACCUGCUUCUCCAAUGAUGUCUACUGGUAUUAUGAUGAACCGUCUACACGACUCCGCAACAAGCAUGUUCUCAGAUGACAGUGUGAAUUCAACCACAUUACUGUCUGCAUCUCCUUUGUCUAUCAACGCAUCUUCACCAAGUGCGUUCCCCUCGAGCUUAAACAGCUACGAUCUGGCUAGACGAGACCGAAACAAUACCGUUGACUUCAACAACAUUGAUGCACUAAUGGCAAAUAGCGAUCAACCAUACAGCAGAUCUGCAAGAGGUUCAUAUGGAACCAGUUUACCCGGGGCAGGCACUAAUUCCAAAGAAUCUGAAUCGGCUGCAACGGUGUCAAGUGCAUUAUUGGGAUUGUCUUUGGAUGAUCAAACCCGCGAAGUUUCUGCCCCUAUGCGCAUUCAGAAAGAACCUGUGACACCCAGACCACCAACUUUGGAGAAACGUCAGUCGGGCCAGUUGACCAACAUGUUCAAGCCUCCACCCGUCUUUGGAUCUGAAUUGACUCCCUCUGUGACCACUCAAUCAGACUCCUCUGUUGGCACCAGAACCCAAGAUGAGCCACCUAGCUAUCAGGUAGCGGUCACAGAUGGCGACGAAAAAAAUAAUCUAAAGAAGAGUUUACUGGACGACCAAGAUGAUGAAAAUAACAUGGAUAGCAUUGAGUACUCAGGAGGAAGUGGAACUCGUGCGCUUUAUCCCACAGAGCAUCGUCUGGGUUCCAAUGAGAGUCUAUAUGGUCCAGGUGAGGGUAUAUUAAUGGAAGAUGAUGUCCAGACUCUUAGCGGCUUGGAGCCUACCAGUUAUGGUUCUGUUCCACUUCGUGCUACCCAGGCGUUCCAUGUUUUGAAUAAUUAG